CUGAUUCCUGGCACUAAUUCGGUAUGCUUGGCCAGGACAUGUGGUAGGUAAUUGACAAUAGCAUUUCUUUUUUCCUUUGCUUUUUGAAAGACAUGAUGACUUGUGAAGUGAUGCCACAAUUUGCAAGUUUGGUAUAUUUUCAUGGGUUUUGCAUGUACUGUUUCUACUGAUAAUACUCAUUAACUUAGAUAUUUGGUUGAGCCAACUGUCCGUACAAUUGCUUGCUUUAUUGUCCAUUGUCUUCCUUCGGUUUCAUUAUUUUUGGAGUGGUCUUGUCUUCCAUUCAGUCAUAAAUACAAGUUUCUCUGUAAAUGUAAUCUUUUAAUCUUUUUUUUUUCUGAUUAACAAGUCUUUAAAAACAGUUGUUUUUACAAUUAUCUUUGAAUGUUUUAUGUAUAUUUAAGUUUCCUUUAUUUGCCUUUGUAUGAUUAAGCACAGUGCCUGUUUUAUGCAGUUCAGGUCCUCGUUUUCAGAACCGUUACACUAAAUGCUGGUGUGUAACAAGCUUUUCUUACAGCGGGUGAUGCUCUGGAUGGGGAAACUUGCUGGUUAAACUCCACCUUGGCGCCGAGGUCGGGUCCCUCAGCGCUGAGGGUCCCCCCGCAGCCAUUAGCAGCCCCGCGCCGCCGCGGGGAACUACAACUCCCGACGGCCCCCGCGCCACGCCGCUUCCCGCCGAGCUAAGAUGGCGGCCGCCGUGGAACGUGUGGUGGGAGAGGCGCCGGCAGGCUACACGGCUCUGGCGGUGAAGUUCGGGGAGCGGCAGCGCUGUCCUCACUAUUUGUUGGUAAAGGAGCACCAGCUGCGGGAAGGCGCCGGCACCGCGCACCCCCCUCACCGCACCCUCUUCGUCCUCAACGUGCCCCCGUACUGCACACCGGGCUCUCUGUCCAGGCUGUUCAGCCGCUGCGGGCAUGUCCAGUCUGUGGACAUGUGUGACAAACCAGGGCCCGGGGAGAAAAAAGGGAAACUGAACUCCAAGUUCUUCAACUGCAAAGCUGUAACGGGAUUUCAAGUGGCAUACGUGGUUUUCAAGAAACCAGCUGGCGUCCAGGCAGCCAAGGCUCUGUCGCAGGAAGGUCCCUUGCUGAUCUCAACAGAGAGUCACCCCGUGAAAACUGGUGUUAGGAAGUGGAUCGCCAGCUAUGCAGCCUCAGUUGUGGAUCAGGAGGAGCUGAAGGCUGAGGUGGAUGCCUACAUGCAAGACUAUGACAAAAAGAUAAAAGAGGAAGAAGCCAAAGCAGCCAGGGAGGAGGGUGUUCCGGAUGAGGAGGGCUGGGUGAAGGUAACACGGAGGGGCCGGAAGCCUGGUCUGCCCCGGACAGAGGCGGCCAACCUGCGCCUGCUGGAGAAGGAGAAACGGAAAAGGGCCCGCAAAGAGCUGCUCAACUUCUAUGCCUGGCAGCAUCGUGAGACCAAGAGAGAACACAUCGCCCAGUUGAGGAAGAAAUUUGAGGAGGACAAGCAGAGGAUCGCGCUGAUGCGAGCCCAGCGCAAGUUUCGGCCAUACUAAGCUGUGCUGAGCUAUUCCUGGGGUGCCCGGGCUGGAGAGGGCGGGAGAGAUGCCUGAUGACUCCAUAUCACAAAGGAUUUCAGGGAACUGAGGCAUCUUCAGAUUGUCCCUGCCCUUGGAUCUGAAACGGGAGAUCCCAGCAACUGUCACUGAAGGAGGAGUUUCUUUUUCUUGCAAUGGAAUUCUGCUCUCUUGGCCAUCAUUUGGCCCUGUGGCAUCACUUCCCAGGGUGCUCAGGCCAAGGAGCUGAGGCCUUUCCUGUGACAACUUGUAUUUCCCUGCUGCCCAAGGCCCUCUUGUAGCUUGGUGAGAGCUGGGAUUGACCCAGCACAGCCUCUUUAGGGGCAGGAAUGUCUGAAGAACUGUAAAUGAACUGCUGCUAUGUUCUCAAAAUGUGGGGAUGCCUCUCUCUCCCCUUUGGUCUGCAUGGGGAGACCUGGAGCUUCUGGUAUGCUGGGGUGGCAAUAAAAGUCAUGGCUUGUA